AAUCCGCUUCUCGUCAAAGCCUCAAAUCGAGAAGCACACAGAGAGAGCGAGAGUGAUCAGCCACAUGGCGGCCGCGACAGAGGAAGCUGCACCGGCCGUGGUCGGCGAGACGCCGGCGCCGGAGGCUCCCAAGGUGGAAGAGACGCCCAAGGUUGAGGAAGGAGAGGGGAAGAAGGCCGAGAAGAAGGCGAGGAAGCCGCGGAGCAGGAAGCCCAAGUCCGCCGGGCCGCACCACCCGCCUUACUUCGAGAUGAUCAAGGAGGCGAUUCUGGCGCUGGACGGCAAGCCGGGGUCGAGCUCGUAUGCGAUCGCCAAAUACAUGGGGGAGAAGCACCGGGACGUUCUCCCGGCCAACUACCGCAAGGUGCUGGCCGUGCAGCUGCGGAGCUUCGCCGCCAAGGGCAGGCUCGUCAAAGUCAAGGCCUCCUUCAAGCUGGCCCCCGCCGAGGAGAAGAAGGCCGCGGCCGCAGCCGCCGCGAAGAAGGCGGCGACCAAGCGCAAGAGGACGCCCGCCAAGAAGCUGACUGCCACCGCGUCGGCGCCGAAGGAGGCCAAGAAGGCGCGCGCGAAGCGGGCGAGGAAGGCGGCGCCGGCGCCUGCGCAGCCAAAGCCGAAGCAGCCCAGGUCCACCCGCACCGCCGUCGCCAACAAGGCCAACAAGGCCAGCGCCUGAUGCCGCCAUGUCCUUCCGUGUAUGCGCGCCGCCGUACGUGUAGAGGUAGUAGAAGUAGCACUCUGGUACUGUAGUUGCCGUCUCUGCCGGCUCGAUCGAGCGCCGCCUUGCGGCUGCGUGCUGUAAAUACUGGAACUUGUGUGAUGUGAUGGCAAUAAGCGCGCGCUUUAGCUUCUACUUAUGUUGGGAAGAAUCGAUCUCACUGUAGUGAUGUACCGGUUUUUAUCUGACGAGGCUUAAUAAGAUCAUUUUGGCAGUUGG